AUGAAACACAGACCUUAAUCAGCUAUCGUUAAGCUCAAAUCAGAGCCUUCAGAUCCUCGUUCCUCUUUUUCUCACUUAAUGGUGUCUCCCAAACCCAUCAGACCUCCACAGACUCCUCAACAAUUCCAUUUAGAUCAGGAAACUCUCUACAUGAACAACCUGCAUUAGAAGUAGGAGACUAAUGAAAUCAAAUUCCAGAAUCUCAAACUAAGAACUCUUGUCUAGCAAUUACAGGUUUCUAUAAUAAUAGUAUCUCUUGUAGGCACGCAUCUCUCAAAUUGAAAGAGUGGAUCGACAUCAGUUCUAGGUGGACCCUUUGGGAAUGUCUACUAACAAUGGAGAAGGCAGCAUUGUUCCCAUGCUCAAAGCCAAAAUUAAAUAAUAAGCACAAACAAUUGAAGAAUUGACUGCAGAUUUACGUACUUAAUGUAAAUCAGUAAAACUCACUUAAAUUCUGGAAUUGCAGAAACAGAUCAAGAAUCAAUAAGAUGAAAUCAUCAAAUUGAGAUAGUUUUAAUAAAUUGCUCUCAAAAUCACAGAUCAAGAGUAAUCAAUUAGUGUCAUUUUAUUCAAAGCUUGUUCAAUGACCCUGACAUUGCUGAGCGUGUUGAAAAUUACAUCAAAACCAUAGAUGCACAACAAAUUCAUAUCGAUCAAUUGUUUAGGCAGAAUAUGAAACUCAAUUAAGAACAUCAAGAAUUAUUAGAUAAAACAAACAAACUCUAAGAAGAAUGCAAAUAAAUUGGUUUAGAAAGGACACAACUCAAGAAGAAGCUAGAUGAACAGCUCAUUACUGAAACUGAACAAUAUUAACAAAAGAAAAGAGAGUUUCUUGAAAAUAAAUUAUAGUAUUAUCCAUAAUCUAUUUAAUAGGAGUGUACUUAAACAAGUUGAUGCCUUGAAAGGAGAACUCUCCCUAUAUGAGACUAAAUAUAAACAAUCCACUAAGUUGUAAUAGGAUCAAGAGAGAGAAUUCAAAUAAGCUAUUAUGAAAGCUCAAAAAAAUAAAUAAAAUUUAGAAGAACUCAUCCAAAAGAAAGAAUAGUUAAUGUAUAUUUCAUCAUAAUCCAGUUAGUUAGGACUUACAAGAUAGAGUGGCAAUCUAAGAUUUACUCAAACAAAAAUCAGCCAAUGAAGAACCAGUGGUCAAAUUUGUCUAGCCUCCCAAAACCUAUCGUGAUCAAAACUUCCAAUUCCCUGAACCAUCUAUCCAAUAACAUAGACCCACUGAUAUAAUCAAUACAAUCCCUAUUGACCAAGAACGACUUAAGCAAUUAUUGGAAGAUCUCAAAUACAAAGUGAUAUCUCUAUGUUUAACUCGUCAAAGACUGCUACAUAUCUUCAACUAUAUAGAGUUCAUGUAAUUAAAGGAUUCAGUCCAUUAUUUCAUGGGAUCUCCCUUCAAUUACCUAGAAAAAGAUGCUCUCAUUUUAAGUCGAUAUUUCUUUAGUGAAGACAAAGGAAGUGGAUAUAAAAUCUAAUGGGAAGACACGCAAAGUAUUAGUGAUUUAAUCCAAAUGAUUAUCCCUAAAAAGGAAAACACCUAGUUUAAUUUCAAGACAAUCGUCAAUAGGAAUCAUCUUAUUAAACAAUUGAAUCAACAAAUCAAAAAUGUCAAAUUGAAUGAUGCUAAAUACAAUGUGGAUGAUUACAUCAUAUACAUUAAGAGAAAUACUAAUAUGAAUGAUGAGUAAAUCACAUUUCUUAGAUUAAUUAAUCAAAUCUAUUUAGGAGACGUUACCAAUAUUGACCAAGGUUUCUUGCGUAUCUAUCUAAAGGAAGAAUGCGAGAUGCUAUCCCAACUCUAUAAUUUAUAAAAGAUAGACUUUGUAAUCUAUAGAUACAUACCCAAAUUGUAAAUAAAACAAGAAGAUAAAGAAUUUGAAGAUUUCAACUUUACCUAAAAGACUUCAGAGCAAAAAAUUGAUGAAUCCUCAGCCCAAUUUUCAUGUAAUUCCAUUAAUUAUAUAUAAUAGAAUUCAGAGUAAGUGAUUCCUACUUGAAAACCUCAGAAAGCAGAAAACCAACUUCAGCCAGAGACUCUCUCACAUAUAGUCAGUCAUAAAUUGAGAGUGUCCCUUUAUUAAAGAGACCAAGUGAUUAGCUGAACAGAAUUUCUAAUAAUUCUAUUAAAGAAGAGGAAGAAUCGGUAGAAUUUGGAAUUUCUGACUAAUUGAUGAUCUAGCCACCCUAACUAUUGAAAAACAAAGAGCCAAUUUAAGAAACUGAAGAAGAGUAUUAAGAAAUCUAUUAAGAAGAAUUAUGA